UUGGGGAUUUUCUUAAGUUAUUCAUUGUAAUUUUACUCAUAUAUAAAUACUGAAUAGGGAUUUGACCAUCUUUGGGUCAUCGGAUUAUUAUGAUACCUAAAGGUAAAGCUGGCAUAGGAUUUUAUUGUUCAAAUAUUUAUAACUUUUGAGUAAACAAAGGAUAGUGGUGGUGUCAGCUUGGCGGAGCAUGCCUGACAUGUGCAUCUCAUCAAUUGUCCUUUAUGUUUGUAUCCGCACUUGGAUCUAAAUUGUUUAUCUUCACGCAUGGUUUUAACUUCACUACAAAAAAUUUAAAAAAUGUCAAAAUAAAAAUAAAUAAAAAGACAAAAGUGAAAAAGAGAUUUAUGUGAAGAAUAUGGAUAAAUAGUGAAGACAAGACAGUUAUUGUCUUGCCCUUGAAACGUAUCUAAUGGCUAACUCUAGUAUCUUUUACAAAGAUAAUGAGUCCGAUUAUGAGAGCUCCACCGCCGGACCGGACUCGAGCCGGCGCACGAGUUGGUUGAGCAGCUCUUUCACGGCUAGCCCUAGUUGUAGCUCCAUAUCUCAUCUAAGUAACAAUGGCCUCAACAAUUACAACCAAUCAAAGCCUCACAAAGCCAACCAAGUCGCAUGGGAAGCUAUGGCCAGGCUCCGUCGGUGCUGCGGCCGUGCGGUCGGGUUAGAACAUUUUCGGCUUUUAAAGAGGUUGGGAAGUGGUGACAUCGGAAGUGUGUACCUUUGUCAAAUACGUGGAAGUCCCGAGACGGCGUUUUAUGCUAUGAAAGUUGUGGAUAAGGAAGCUGUGGCGGUGAAGAAAAAGCUUGGAAGGGCGGAGAUGGAGAAGAAGAUUCUAGGGAUGCUUGAUCAUCCUUUUUGCCCUACUUUGUAUGCAGCUUUUGAGGCUUCUCAUUACUCGUUUCUUGUCAUGGAGUAUUGUCCCGGCGGUGAUCUCUACGCCGCCCGCCUCCGCCAACCGUCUAAACGUUUCACUAUCUCCUCCACAAGAUACUGUGGCAGGUUUUACGCAGCUGAAACUCUGGUGGCCUUAGAGUACCUCCACAUGAUGGGAAUUGUGUAUAGAGACCUAAAGCCAGAGAACGUGUUAAUUAGAGAAGAUGGUCACGUAAUGCUCUCAGAUUUCGAUCUCUCCUUCAAAUGCGACGUCGUUCCGCAACUCCUCAACGACAACGACCGUGACCGCGGCCAUCAAGGAGACGAUGAAGACAUCAGCAUCCGCCGUAAAUGCUCUACACCUUCAUGCACGGCAACUCCGUUAAACCCUGUCAUCUCCUGCUUCUCUCCAACUUCCAGCAGAAGAAGAAAGAAAAAUGUUGUUACGACAACAAUACACGAAAAUGCAGCUGGUACUAGCCAUACUGUGAAAAGUAACGAUGUUUCAAGAACAUUUUCUCGAUCACCUUCAUCUUGUUCUCGUGUUUCAAAUGGACUUCGAGACAUAUCUGGUGGAUGUCCAUCAAUUUUCGCCGAACCGAUCAAUGCACGAUCUAAGUCGUUUGUGGGAACACAUGAGUACUUGGCACCGGAAGUAAUCUCAGGGCAAGGACAUGGGAGUGCAGUAGAUUGGUGGACUUACGGGAUAUUUCUAUACGAGAUGAUAUUUGGUAGGACACCGUUUAAAGGCGAAAACAAUGAGAAAACGUUAGUCAACAUUCUAAAAGCACCCUUGACAUUCCCAAAGGUUAUAGUGAAUAGCCCUAAAGAGUACGAAGAUAUGGUGAACGCUCAAGAUCUUAUUAUAAAAUUACUGGUGAAGAACCCUAAGAAGAGGUUAGGGAGUCUCAAAGGCUCUAUUGAGAUCAAAAGACAUGAGUUUUUUGAAGGUGUUAAUUGGGCACUAAUCAGGUCGAUAAAGCCACCUUGGGUUCCUAAAGAAGAGACUAGUCACAAGACUAAAGGUGAUAAUCGCAGCGUCAAUUAUUAUCUGCCACCAAGGUUUAUGAUGAGUAGGAAGGAAAGAGAUGAGCCUUACCAUGUGGCUAAUCAUUUUGAUUAUUUUUAACUUUAGGUUAUAUUCCAACAAAUUAACUUUUUUUUUUAAUGACAUGGCAUUAUUUACUAGUCAUUUCGACGUGUAGUUUCAUUUGAUUUUGAGGUCCUUGCGAUUAUUAUGGACUUAAAAAUGUAAAUGAUUAGGUGAAAAAUAUAUCAUUUGUGCUAUAUCACUAUCAUGUGAUUAUCAAUUGUUUCUA